CAUGUUAGUUAGACCUGCAUGUUGCAGCCACACUGGGGGCCGCUGCAGCGAAAGUCACACAGAUUCACAGGCAGGCAGUGGUAGUCGAUCACCGAUAGUCACCAGCGUGAGCUAGCGGCAGAGACAGCUGGAGCGACACAACAGCCACGCAACCAACCUGUUCGGAGGCCCGCUGGCAGGCUCACAAGUGGCAGAGUAGUUCGCUCAGACAGCUCGUUAAUCGUUGGAUCUUAUGGCUGAGAGUGAGGAUAUCUUUCUCAGGGCAAAACAUCGGACAUUCAGCGGACUGACUGAAGAUGCGGAGCGUGAGUGGACGGGACCAUUUUGCUUCAUCCAGGCCGCAGACCCCCAGCUUGGGCUGAUGAAGGCCUGGAGGGACGGCGACUGCGACGGCGGCGGGGACGAAUGGGCCGAGGAGGUUGAACUCACCAAGCAGGCUGUGGAGGCUGUUAACCAGCUAAGACCCAGGCCGAGGUUCAUGGUGCUGUGUGGGGACCUGGUCCACGCCAUGCCAGAUACGCUGUUCAGAGAAGGUCAGGAGAGAGACCUGAAGGCAGCCUUGAAGGGAACAGAUCCCUCCAUUCCACUGGUGUUUGUCAGUGGGAACCAUGACCUGGGCAACACUCCCACCCCCAGUACAGUGGAGCAAUACUGCAGUGCAUGGGGGGAUGAUUAUUUCAGCUUCUGGGUGGGUGGAGUCCUCUGCCUGGUUCUGAACUCCCAGUUGUUCUACGACGCCUCGGCCUGCCCUCAGCUGAAGGAGGCUCAGGAGACGUGGCUGGAGGAGCAGCUGAGCAGAGCCUCCUCCUCCUCUUCGACGGAACACAAACCCAAACACAUCUUGGUGUUCCAGCACAUUCCUCUGUACCUUAAGAGCCCUGAUGAGGAGGAUGACUACUUCAACCUGCAGAGGGUAGUGAGACAAAACCUGCUGGACAGGUUCAAGAAGGCAGGGGUGAAGGCAGUCUUCUCCGGCCAUUACCACCGAAACGCCGGCGGUUGCUACGGCGGCCUGGAUAUGGUUGUGAGCUCGGCCAUCGGUUGCCAGCUUGGCAGCGACACCCACGGUGUCAGGAUAGUGGUGGUGACUGCCAAUGAUGUCAUCCAUCACUACCACAGCCUGGAGCAGCUCCGAGCGCGGGGCAUGGACGAGGACCUCAGGAGGCUCCUGCAGGCCUGAGGCCUGAUGAUGGAGGGGAAACUGCAAAGAUUUGGCUCCUUUUUUUUUUUCUUUUUUCUUGGUAAAUGGCUUUGUCUGGAUUUUAGAGUUUUCAGCCCCUGUUCUUAGAGGCACACAAAAAGUUUUUGGAGUUUUGUGAGUUGCUCAACUCAGGUCAGCAGAUAUGAACAUGAGAUCCCACUAAUAAAUGGAAAAAUUCUCUA